AUGGUUACUACUACAAUUGGGGGAUUAAAAGAGUUGCAGAGGCUUUCUCUUUCAGGGCUUAACGACUUGCUGAUCCUGAACUUGUCUUCGAAUUCUCUCUCUGGUCCUCUUCCAAUUGAUAUUGGAAAGUGGAAAGUUGUGAAUAGUAUGGAUUUGUCGAACAACCAGCUCUUGGGCGAUAUCCCGAUUAGAAUAGCAUAUCUCAAAGACCGCAUUUAUUUUUCCUUAUCCAAUAAUAGAAUCACAGAUUCCAUUCCCGAGUCAUUUGGUGACUUGUUGAGCUUGGAAUCCCUGGAUUUGUCAAGAAAUAAUCUAUCCGGAGAGAUUCCCUUGUCCUUGGAGAAACUUUGUUAUCUCAAAUAUUUCAAUGUCUCUUUUAAUAGACUGCAAGGAGAAAUUCCAGAUGGAGGAUCAUUGGAAAGCUACUCGAUCGAAUCAUUUAAGGGGAAUGAAGCAUUGUGUGGAGCACCUCAACUUCAUGUUCCAAGCUGCAAAACUAAACCUCUUAGAAAUUCCAAGUCAAGAACUAAGCUCAUAAUGCAUGUAGCACUACCAGUUGAGGUCGCAAAUUGCUAG